AAGUAGUGUAGUAUCUAGUAGACUAGUACUUUAGUAGUUCGUUGCCUAGACAGAUUUGCCGGGUCGUUGGUACCCAGUAUUAAUUCGAAGUGAACGCUCAACAUUAUUAAACAAACGUCAAAGGUUCUCAGCAUUACAAGAUGUUGGACGUGUUCUACAGUAUUCCGUACUUUGUGUUGGAAUUGCCGAAACUGAAAUUGAAGAAGCCGUCAUGGCUAGUGAUGCCGUCUCCUAUGGUCGUCUUCAGUUUUGUGCUCCUCUCUUAUUUCCUGGUAACUGGAGGCAUCAUAUAUGAUGUGAUUGUUGAACCACCAAGUGUGGGUUCUACUACAGAUGAGCAUGGACAUUCACGGCCGGUGGCCUUCAUGGCUUACAGAGUCAAUGGCCAGUACAUUAUGGAAGGUCUGGCAUCAUCAUUCAUGUUUGCUCUUGGAGGCAUUGGUUUCAUUGUAUUGGAUCAGACACAUUCUCCAUCAACCCCAAAAUUAAAUAGGAUCCUUCUGAUAAUAAUUGGUUUUGCAUGCAUAAUCAUUGCUGCAAUUGCCUGCUAUGCCUUCAUGAAGAUAAAAUUGCCAGGGUACUUAAUGAGCUGAGGUGUCCACAGUUUAGUAG